GCAACACACCAACACCAACCCAAAUGGGUUGAUUAACUUAUAACAAAGUCAAAAUUCGAAAAGUACAUCUCAUCAUUUCAUCUCUCUAAACACUUAAACCAACCAAGAUUUGUGUUUGAUAGCUUCCACUACUCUCACUCACCUACCAUCUCUUCUCUCUCUCCUCUUCCCUUAACAACCAAAAAACUCAACAACAAAAAAACCAAACAUUCUCAACAACUCAACAAACACACACAAAAAAAACCAAACAUCCUCAAAAAAAUGAGUUACUUCAACACAACCAUAACAGAGACAAUAACAUACUACACAGGUCUAUCACCAACAGCUUUCUUCACAAUCACACUCUUAUCCAUCCUUGUUUACCGAACCGUUACUUCCAUGUUUGUUUCUCCUCAAGAUUUCAAUAAACCGCCUGUUGUUUCGGCUCGGUUUGGUUCUUCCCGGUUCAAUGAUGUUACUGAACCGCCAAAAAAACCGGUUCAGGUUGGUGAGAUUAGUGAAAAGGAGUUGAGGUUGUAUAAUGGGUCUGAUGAAAAUAAACCCAUUUUGAUUUCUGUUAAGGGAAAUAUCUAUGAUGUCUCUCAGGGCAAGAAUUUUUACGGACCAGGAGGAUCGUAUGCAAUGUUUGCCGGAAAGGAAUGUAGCCGAGCCCUUGCUCUCCUAUCUUUUAAACCUCAAGAUAUUAAUGGCAACCUCGAAGGUUUGGACGAGUCAGAGCUAGCAAUUUUAGAGGAUUGGGAGUAUAAAUUCAUAGACAAGUAUCCAAAAGUUGGCCAGCUUGUUCCAGAACCAAGAACUCAGCAAAUCGAGCACAGUCAAGAAGACAAUUCGAACAUGAAACCCGAAUGAAUGCCAGGAGUUUUGAAGGAACAAAUGAGAGCAAUGAAAUUUACAAAAAGGAAACUUGUGUUGUAAGAUAGAAUCUGAAGAAGACAAAGUCUGAAGACAAAGAGCGUCUGAAGACCAUCAGAAGCUGUGUACCAGAAGCUGACGUCAUCAGAGAGUCUAAAGAACCAUCAGAAGCUGACGUCAUCAGAGUCUAAUUGAUGAGGUGCAUACUUGAGAUUGUUUGCAUUGAUUUGUGUCGAUGAAUAAUAUUGAAGUUGGAUUCUCUUUUGCUUAAUCAUUUGAAGUUUGAUUUGAUGUAACUUUUUCAAUUGUUUAUGCUUAAUUAUGAUUAUGAUGAUGUGAAGCUAACCCUCAGUGGUACGUAUUUGUAUGAAUGGGUAGACGACGUGCAUGAGUAGUUUUGUUCCUUGCUUGGUGAGUGCUUGCGAAUAGCGGGAGGUUCCUCCGUUAUCCGUUUUGGAGUCUUAGUUUAGGGCUCUGAUUUAGGGUGUUCGUCUUUCUUUUAUUUUGGUAUUGACUAUGUUGUUGAUAUUUUACUCAUGUGUUGAGAUUACAGAUUCUAUCUGAUGAUGUAUUUGUGAUGCU